GGCGGGGCCAUGGACUUGGUGUCUGACGACAAGACCAAAGUGGUGGUCACCAUGGAGCACUGCACCAAGGCCAAGAAGCCCAAAAUCUUGGACAAAUGCACCAUGCCACUGACUGGUAAGCAGUGUGUGGACCUCAUCAUCACCGAGAAGGCCGUGUUUGACGUGGACCCAAAGAAAGGCCUGACUGUGGUGGAGCUCUGGGAAGGUUCCUCAGUGGAUGAUGUCAAGGCCACCACAGGCUGUGCUUUCUGAGUAUGCCCAAACCUCAGACCCAUGCAGCAGAUCACAUCUUGAUGCUUGAGCAGCCCUGGGCCCUAGUGGGGGUUUCCACACCACCCUCCAGGGGCUGAUUUGGGAAGGAGUUAGUGACCACAGGAUGUGCAGCCCAGAACCUGACCAGUAGGCCUCUGGCUCCUCAGGCUUCCUGCCACA